AACGAGUAUGCCAGAGUGUGAUUUGGUCUUUCCUGGCCACCGUAGUGACGUACUAAGCAGCAGGCGGGUAGAUUUUUGUGCAAAGCGUGAGCUAUAAGCUAAAAACAACAUUUCUGAAUUUGAAAAAAAGGGUUUUAUUUCCAUGGAGAGCAUAAAUGCGAAAUACGUGUCUCAGAAAAUCAGUAAGACGAGGUGGAGUCCGGUAUCCUAUUCUUCACUGCAACAACCAGAAGUCUUUGCUGCGGGCUCGUGGGACAACGAGGAUAACAAGAUUUCUAUCUGGUCCACUGGGAAUCAGAACAAUUCUGGAUUAGAGGACGGAUUUGAAGGAGACCCGCAGAUUUUAUGUGAACACAAACACGACGGGGAUGUUCUGGACCUUCAAUUCUUGGACCAUGAACGGAUAGUCUCAGCGUCGUCAACAGGAGCAGUCACUAUUUUCCGCCAUCAUCCAAACACUCGUACUAUUUCAGUUCUGCAGCAGUGGCCGAGGGCGCACAGCUACCCCUGUGACAACGCGCCGUGCACCGCUGUGGUCUGCAGCAGCCCGGAGAUCGUCACGGUCGGGGAGGACGGCCGGAUCGUGGUCUUCAGAGCCGACCAGGAAGGAGCGGUCCGAGUCAUCGAGAAUGCCGACAGCAGCACAAUUCACGCGGUGACUUACCUGAGGACCACGGAGGUUCUGACUGUGAACUCCAUCGGCCAGCUGAAGCUGUGGGACCUCCGGCAACAAACCAGCUCCCCGUCACAGAUUCUGUCCCUGUCCGGAGACAGAGCUCCUCUGCACUGCGUUGACAGACAUCCCAACCAGCAGCACAUUGUAGCCACCGGCGGCCAGGACGGCAUGCUCUGUGUGUGGGACGUGAGACAGGGCGGGACGCCCAUCUCACUCAUGGAGGCGCACUCUGCUGAAAUGUGGGAGAUUCACUUCCACCCCACAAAUCCGGAUCAUCUGUUCACGUGUUCGGAGGACGGCUCGCUGCUGCACUGGGAGACCGCCUCGCACUCCGAGAUGCCCUCGUUCCUACAAGGCGGCAGGAACAGCGCCGUGAACUCCCACGGGAACCGCCCCCUCAGCAGCGCCUGGCUCAGCGGAGACUCCGGCAAAGGCCGCCUGGAGACCACUCACAUGCUGCCCAGCCAGACCAUGUCGGUCAACAGCCUGGACGUCAUCGGACAGUGUCUGGUCUGCGGCACUGACGGAGAGGCCAUUUUUGUCAACAGACGUGUCCCGGUUUAAAAAAAAAAAAAAAAGCCUUUUGUGAGGAAAGAAAACUUUCUAACUUUCUAUUUGUUUUGUACAGAAUUGAUUUAAAAUGUUAUUAAAUUACAAAUAAAACAAUA